AUGUGGUUUAUGAGUCUUGACAUGGCGAGCGGAUUCUGGGCGGUGCGAAUGGCCGAACGUGCAAAGCUAAUCUCUGCAUUUGUUUGCCCGUUUGGCCAUUUUCAAUGGCUCAGAAUGCCCUUUGGAUUGAAGAAUCUACCGUUAAUUUAUCAGAGCAUCAUCAAUAACUGUCUAUCGGGAUUCGUCCGCCUGCCUCCUGAAGAGGAGGCGUUGGUUGACCAAGAAGUUCUGGAGUUUUUGAAUCUUGAGCCUCAAGAGGUCCUGAAACCUGAGGCAGAUAUGAGGGAUUCAGAGAUCACGGCACUAGACAUGACCGUAUUUCGACGUAACAUCCCGGCUCCGUCACAAAUGGGCCCGGUCUUGGGAAGAAGCUCGUACAUUGACGAUAUCGCUCAUGGGGCGUCGACCUGGGACCAACUAUGUGAAGACCUGUAUGCGUUGCUAUACAGACUACGAUAUUGGAAUAUCUCUGUGAGCUUACCCAAAAGUGAAUUCGGGAAGUUGACCAUCCCAUUCCUCUCCCACGAGGUGAGUGUGGACGGAAUCAGAGCCUCGCCGAAGAUUGUCAAAGGCAUAGAGGAUUUACCUUUCUCGUCGACGUACACGGGAGUGCAUUCAUUGAAGACUUACCAUGCUGUGCUCUACGAACUAGACGAAGAACGUGUACGUGCUGGACGGAACCUGGAAGCCGCAAAGGAGUCUUUCGAGAUACUGAAACGUAAGAUCGUGUCGACCCCGCUGUUGCGACACCCAGACAGAACCAAGCCUUUCGUGAUAAUUCCGCACGCUAACCCGUGGGCAGCGUGUGCUGUUCUGGGUCAAGAGCAUGAAGGACUCAUACACCCCGUGCGAUUUACGGGUAGAGUGUUGAAAGAAUCAGAGCUACGUUAUCACAUAGCUGAGAAGGAAGUGCUCGCAAUCUUGCGGAAUCUGGAGGUUUUCAGAACUCUGAUCCAUGGAUCAGAAUUCCCAGUUGUGGUGUAUACGCGCUACUCUGUAUUAAAUGGGGGCUGGAACUAUCAAGAUGGACACUGGAAAUCCAUCGGACUCAGAAAGAUGAGGACGGCCUUGCGGCUCGGUUCUGGUAUUACGCCUAGGGAACAUUUAGAUGAAGUUGCAGCAACCCUGAUUCCCGCCAAGGGGCGUCUGAAAGUGAUGCCACCAGUGAGUCUGGAAAUGUUGGAAGCAGAUUACCAAGGUUACGUUCUGAGUUUUGAUGGUGCUGCGAACGUUUCUACUCGCCGAGGAAGUUGUGGAUGCAUACUGUGGAAGCUGCCAGGGUGGCAGGUUGUGAAAGCUGAAGGACACAUCUUUGAAGGUGUGACGGUCAACGAUGCUGAAUACCAUGGUUUGAUUCUGGGAUUAAUGCUCGCUAUGAAGUAUGAUCUCAAGGAUCUUGUGGGGGUCGGUGAUUCCCGAAUCGUCGUCCAACAGGCUCAUGGACUGAUUAAUUGCUACCAGCCCAACCUGCAACGACGCUUAGCUGAGUAUGAAGAUAUCCGGAAGAAUUUUGUGUCGGUUAAUUUGAUCCAUGUCAAACGUGAAUUCAACCAAGCGGCUGAUUACCUGACCUCUAAGACUCUUGUGCUCGGAGAAUCCUGGGAACUCGACGACCCUGAUGAGAUAAUCCCUGAAAAGAUCAUGAAGACUUCAGAACUUGAUGCAGUUCGUUCAGACCAAAUCAGGAUCGGAGUGGAUAGUCCCGAUGUCGGGAUACCAGAGUCCUUAGCUAUUGCUGCUGAAGCAUUGAUGGUGAUGACGAGGUCCCGAACAGAAGCAGACGUAGGUUCUCGGACUCCUGCAGACCAGUCAGGAUACCAGGAUGAACGUUGGAGGAGAAUUAAGGUUCACCAAGACGAAGACUUGUGGAUUCAGCAAAUGAAGAAGGUCCUAAAAGGAGACGUGUCAGAACUUCCACGGAAUCAAGUCAAGAAGAUUGCGAAGGUUUCCGAUCAGUUUGCGUUGGAUUCGCGAGAAGCCCUCUAUAGGCUGAGUACACCUACCCCGGAGAGACCUCGCAACAAGCAGUCGAAACUCAGGCUGGUGGUCCCAGAAACUUUAGGUGCUGAUAUGUUACACUAUUCACAUGAAGACUUUCAAGGUGGCCACCAAGGAAUCAACAGGACGUUUGAGCGAUUGCGUUCGGAGUUCUACUGGAUCGGGAUGUACGCUGAUGUACAGAAGUUCGUGAGAGAAUGCGUAGAUUGCGCUUCAGCCAAGGGGCGACCACCGGUUCUCGGUCCGUCACCUGACAAUAUCGAACCGAGAUGUCCAUUCGAGGUGAUCUCUAUGGAUUUUGUCACUGAGCUACCUGAGUCCGAUCGUGGAAAUACCUACUUGUUGCUGUUCCAGGAUCAAUUCUCAGGAUACGUCAUGUGUAAACCCAUGCGGAAUACCGAAGCCCGGAUGUUGCUGAGGCAUAUGAAGAGUGCGUAUUCAGAAGAUUUGGGGCGAAGAUACCUUCUGAAGAGCAAGCAGCGUGCGACACUAGGUUACCGGCCUCAGGCCAAUGGACAGCAAGAACGCUCAGUCCAAACGGUAAUGCGGAGUGUCAGGGCAUAUGUCGCUAAAGUUGACCAGAGUGACUGGGACGAGCAUGCAGAGCGUCUCAUGUUCGCUUUGAAUACCUCGUUCGAUGCCGCAAGAUUAGAUACUCCGUUUUACCUGGUCCUCGGCUGGGACGCCCAGGGAACCAUAUCCGCAAUGCUGGGUCCGAAGCCAUCCACAAUCCAAGAACGAACGGCCUUGGAGUGGCAUCGGAAGAUGCAACGGGAUUAA